GUGCUGAGCUGGAAGGACCGGGGAGGGUGUAGACCGCAGGCGCUCAACCCGUGCCCGGUGGAGUCUUCUCUCGGUAAACGGCGCCCUGAGAGCAGGAGCCAGAAUCCUGGGGGUCGUGGCCGCCUUCGGUCGGUGCCCGGAUCCCCAUGUUCUGCAGAGGGACAGCGGCCGCCUUCUCUCUCUGGGCAGCUGGUGGGCAAGGAGGAUGCUCUUCUGCAGCCGCUGGCCGACUCGAUGCUCAAGGAGGACUGCGCCUCCACGCUGCGGGUUUUCUUGUUUUCCAGCCACUUGGCACAUUCCCUCCCUCUGCCCUCCGAUGUGAAUCGCCCCCGAAUUGACCUGAUUGUGUUCGUGGUCAACCUUCACAGCAAAUACAGCCUGCAGAACGUGGAGGAGUCCCUGCGCCACGUGGACGCCACCUUCUUCCUGGGGAAGGUGGGCUUCCUGGUCACAGGCGCCGGGCGGGACAGCCACUGCAGCGUCCACCGGAACAGCGUGCUGAAGCUGGCCCGAGCCUACCGGAGCCCCCUGCUCUUCUGUGACCUGGAGGUGGAAGGCUUUCGAGUCACCAUGGCGCAGCGCCUGGUCCGCAUGCUGCAGAUCUGUGCUGGCCACGUGCCCGGCGUCUCGGCCCUGAACCUGCUGUCCCUGAUGAGGAGCUCAGAGAACCCCUGCCUGGAGGACCUGUGAGGGCCUGGGCCAGGGGUCACUUCCCCACAGGACCCUAACUCUGUGCUUCCGCCGGAGGGCUGGGGGGAGCCCCACGGGUGGAGCAGCCCACCGCCCACGCCCUCUCCAGCGGAGCCUGUCUCUAUCCAUCGGACUCGGUCCACUUCCACUCAAGACUUCAUUUGAACAAAGAGUCUGUGACUAAAAACAGCUAGAAAUUCAUUGGU